GCGUCUAUUACAACUACAUUGAAUCUAGCGAUAUUUAGAGACACCUUAUUAUGUAAAUAGCAGGAUGCGCGUCAAUAUCACGUGACCUAUAAUUUACAUAUGAUUCUAUAUGCACUAUUUAUUAUACAUGAUGCCGUGCUUUCUGACUUUAUGGGCAUUUGGAAAACCCCUGUAAUGAAAUUGAAAUUGAAAGUAAACCUUCAGUGAAACUUCAGUGUCGGGAACGUUUAGGAGAAUACCUUUACUUAUACCGAUCUAGAUACAUCGAUUUAAUUAUAAACAAUAUGUCGAAACUUCUGGUGGCUGUUCUUGCUGUAUUCACGGAUUUGGUCGUCGUCUAUGUGCUGGACCUGGUGUUCACACACCUGAGAGGUAAAGUGAGCAGUUUGGACGGUGGAGGUGACCUGGUGAGACAGUGGACUGAGGCGGUGCUGCGAUGCGCGUUGCUCUGCUCACUGUUCUACUGGAAGGAUGUGAGAGAGCGGCUGAUGAAGCGAUGGGUUAUGGCCCACUGUUUUAUCACUCCUGUGUAUGAAACAGGUCGUUUGACUCUGUUUGGUAACUGGCCGAUGGAAAAGUUUGCUAUGUGGAUGGUCGGCAGUGUGGCUGCUGCUUUGGGAUGCCUGUUUUGGGAGACGCUCUUACCAGAGUCUAAUGAGGAAAGCAGAGGCAAAGAGAACAAGCAGAAAGCUCGAGUGCUCUUCAUGAGAGUGAUCCACUUGUACAAACCUGACUACCUGUUUUUAUUCGGGGCAUCUAUAUUUCUAGCCUUAGCUGUCCUUUGUGAGAUGUUUAUUCCACUCUACACAGGAAAGUUGAUCGAUAUCCUGCAGACUAAGUACAGCUGGGAUGAAUUUCUCUCUGCAAUAAUAUUAAUGACAUUCUUCUCUUUUGGAAGUUCUUUCAGCGCAGGUUGUCGAGGAGGCCUGUUCAUGUGUGCUAUUGGCAGAUUUAUAUGUAGGGUGAAGCAUCAACUCUUCAGCUGCUUACUUAAGCAGGAAAUUGGAUUCUUUGAGACUACAAAGACAGGUGACAUCACAAGCAGACUGUCCACAGACACUAAUCUCAUGGCCCGAGCUUUAGCCCUUAAUAUGAACGUCCUUCUGCGAACCUUGAUUAAAACUCUGGGGAUGUUGUACCUGAUGUCUAGUCUGUCCUGGAAGCUCACUGUACUGACUCUGAUGGAGACGCCUUUAACUGGACUACUACAGAACAUCUAUGACACACAUUACCAGAGACUUUCAAUGAAGGUGCAGGACUCCAUAGCAAGGGCAAAUGAUGCUGCAGGAGAGGCUGUGUCAAGCAUCAGGACUGUAAAGAGCUUUAACGCAAAGCAGAGUGAGAAGAGUCGCUAUGAUGAGAGGCUGAUGGACACGCAUAAUAUAAAGACGCAGCGGGACACAGUCAGAGCAUUGUACCUGCUGGUGAGGAGGCUCACAGAAUUGGGAGUGAAGGUGGCUAUGUUAUACUAUGGUCACCUGUUUGUAAAAUAUGGACAGAUGACCACAGGAAAUCUGGUCUCAUUCAUCCUCUACCAUUCAGAUCUUGCAGACAGCAUUCGGACUUUGAUUUAUAUAUUUGGAGACAUGCUGAACUCUGUGAGUGCCUCUGGGAAGGUCUUUGAGUACCUGGAUCGCAGACCUGAAGUUAGCACAGAUGGGACUCUGAAGCCAGAGGAACUGAAGGGACACAUCAGCUUCCAGAAUAUCACCUUUGCAUAUCCAACACGUCCUGACCGCAUUGUGCUUGAGGACUUCAGUUUGGAGCUGAAACCCGGUAAAAUGACUGCUCUAGUGGGGAUUUCUGGUGGUGGAAAGAGCACUUGUGUCAGUCUGCUGCAGAAGUUUUACCAGCCACAGCAUGGACACAUCCUGCUAGAUGGACAGCCUCUGCAGAACUACCAGCACAAAUACCUGCACAACAAGCUUGUUGCUGUGGGUCAGGAGCCUGUUCUCUUCUCCGGCACCAUACGAGACAAUAUAUCUUACGGAUUACCAGACUGUUCACUCGCGAAAAUAGAGGAAGCAGCACGCAAAGCCAAUGCACAUGAAUUCAUCUGCCAGUUUCAGAAAGGUUAUGACACAGAUGUUGGAGAACGAGGAAGUCUUCUUGGUAGCAGUCAGAAGCAGCGCAUUGCGAUUGCUAGAGCACUAAUAAGACAGCCACAGGUUAUAUUACUGGAUGAGAUCACAAGCUUUCUGGAUCCUAAGAGUGAACAAAUGGUCCAACAAGCCCUGGCCAACUGCCCCAAUCAGACCUUACUGGUGAUUGCACACAGACUGAAGACCAUUGAGAAGGCAGACCAGAUUAUUGUGAUUGACCAGGGGAUGAUUGUGGAGCAAGGCAGCCACCAGGAACUCAUGGAGAAGAAGGGACAUUACUACAAACUGAAAGAAAAACUCUUUACUGAAAAUAACAGUAACAGUUAAUGUGAAACAUGUUUCACUAAUGUGAAAUAAAGUCUAAUAUUAAACCUGGAGGCAUGGACACUUCAGCAGUAUACAGUACAGCUGUAAUCAUAAACAACAAUAGAUGUUUUUGGUAUUUGACAAUGUCU